CCGGUGCAGCAGCAGCAGCAGCAGUGAGCUCCCAUCACGAAGAGAGAGAGAGUGGAAAGCAACAUCUCCUCCUUUUCCACCCAGCAUCUUCACCUACCAACAGCGAACUCGAGUGGGAAGUACACUCAGACUGUCCUCCGGUGUCCAGAGUUCCCCCUCUUCCUCUUCCUCCUCCUCAAAAUGUCCGUGGGCAGUGACUUUGGGAACCCUUUAAGAAAAUUCAAACUCGUCUUUCUGGGGGAGCAAAGUGUUGGAAAGACGUCUCUGAUCACACGGUUCAUGUAUGACAGCUUUGACAACACAUAUCAGGCCACAAUUGGAAUUGACUUCCUGUCAAAAACCAUGUACUUGGAAGAUCGAACGCCUCCUCAGCUUUCUCUCUCUGAACCACAGGUCAGGUUGCAGCUCUGGGACACAGCGGGACAGGAGCGCUUCAGGAGCCUCAUCCCCAGCUAUAUACGUGACUCCACUGUGGCUGUGGUGGUCUACGACAUCACAAACAUUAACUCGUUCCAGCAGACGUCAAAAUGGAUCGAGGACGUGAGAACAGAGAGAGGAAGUGAUGUCAUCAUUAUGCUUGUUGGCAAUAAAACAGACCUGGCAGACAAAAGGCAAAUCACAAUCGAAGAAGGUGAACAAAGGGCCAAAGAGCUGAGUGUCAUGUUCAUCGAGACCAGCGCCAAGACAGGUUACAACGUCAAACAGCUGUUUCGGCGUGUGGCAGCUGCUCUUCCGGGAAUGGAAAGUAUUCAAGAACCAAACAAAGCUGGGAUGGUCAGCAUCAACCUGACCAACCCCCAAGAGCCGCAGACGACUGAAGGCGGCUGUUCCUGUUAAUACGUCUCUGAUAGAACAUCAUUUACACCACCUGCUUGUUAUGUUGCUUCCUUUUGGUUAACCUGCAGUUGACUUUUGCACGUUGAGAAUCUGGCCUCCUCACCUGACUGACUACUAGUCAUCUGUUGGAACUAGCAAUAUGUGAAUUUGCUUCUAAAAUAGUGUAGCCUACUUUGUUAAUGAAACUGCCAAAAAGUCCGACAACUUGCAAAAAAAAAAAUAGAGAAAGAAAAAAAAGACACAAGUUAAGAAUGUGGAUACAAUUUUUUAAGUAGAAAAGGAAGUUUCCCCAGUUUCUUUUUUGUAUAUUUUUGUAUAUUCAGGGACAUCUCUGUAGGAAGGUCGUGUUUUUUAAAAGAUGCAGAAAACUGAGCUCUGCGUUUGAUGAGGACAGAUGGUUUAAGAUGCAUUUUUAUGGAUCCCAACCUUGGUACAAAUAAAACUGGCGCCCUCUGUUAAUUAUUACCCCAUUAUCACUCUUUCCUAACCCUCUCUCAUUCCUCUCCAUGUCAGGGGCCUCCUGACAAUGUGGGAUCCAUAAUUUUGCAAUUUUGACGUCACAAGAAAAAGUGAACAGUAACAUCUUGAGUAUCUAAUGCAUGCCUAGUUUUUCAGCAUAGGUACUGUCUACCAGUGUACACAAAUAUGUAAAUGGUAACGUUACACCAGUGACUUAAUGCACUCUGAUAAUGACUAGUCCAAGUCUUUUUGUUUCUGAAAACUGUUGAACUGGAUUUGUAUACUUGACUUUAGAAUAUCUUUUUGUCGUGCGUGCGUGUAAAUGUGAGCUUUCUGUAUAGGCAACGUUAGAAUGCAGCUGUAUAGAGAGCCACUGCCAAGUCGUCUCAUUAUUGCCACAUCACGGCAACUUUUAGUCACCACUAGACAACACGAGGUCCAAGGCUUUGUUCAGACUGCGGGAAAAUGGCAGAUCCAGAAGAUUCGGUUUAUAAAGUCUUGUGCCAUACCAUUGAGGUUCAGAGGGGGCUGAGCCAAAAGACAGAGCUGUCAAAUAAAAUACUAAAAUAUCACAUUGGAGUAAGUAUUUAAACCUUUACAAAAGCAUUUGAAAUAUAGUUCAGGUUCCUCCUAUUUCCCUUGAUCACUGGUGAGAUGUUUCUACAUCUUGAUUGGAGUCCACCUGCGGUAAAUUAAAUUGAUUGGACAUGAUUUGAAAAGGCACACACCUCUCUAUUGAAGGCCUCACAGCUGACAGUGUAUAUCAGAGCAAAAAGCAAGCUAUGGGGUCAAAGGAACUGUCUGCAGAGACAGGAUUGUUACAAGGCAAAAAAAAAAAAAAACCUCUGCUCCACUGAAGGUUCCCAAUACACCAUGGCCUCCGUAAGUCUCAAACGGAAGAAGUUCUGCACAACCAGGACUCUUCCAAGAGCUGAGAACCCAGCUGAACCCAGCAGUCAAGAGGGAAGGGCCUUAACAAGAGAGGCGACAAGAACCUGAUGGUCACUCUGACUGAGCUCCAGAAAUCCUGUAUGGAGAUGGGACAAAGUUCCAGAAGGACAACCAUCACUGCAGCUCUCCACAAUCUUGGCUUUAUGGCUGAGUGACUAGACAAAAGCCUCUCCUCAGUGUAUGAAAGCCUACUUGGCUUUCAUUUGGAGUUUUUUGCAAACUCCAAGUGGGCUAAGCUCUGCUAAAUUUCAAGAACUGUUUUCGCUUUGUAAUGAAGGGGCACUGAGUGUAGAUUAAUGAGAAAAAAAAAACCAAAACUGCAAAGUGAAGGGGGUCUGAAUACUUCUGAAUGCACUCUAUAAAUACCGAUAUACUGGAUAUUGACAAAAAUCAAGUAUUGAGCAUCCCUAGUUGUUGUGCAUAUUUGGUCUAAGGCGGUCUAACCCAAAAUCAUAAAUAUAAAGAUAGUGGAACCUCGGAUUCAAUAGACAGCAGUGAAAUAAUCUAGGGAUGCAGCAAUCCCCCUGUUUUUUAGACCAAGCAGGAGUACUUACAUGUGGGUUUUAACUGAUACCAAGGACAAAUAUAAGUACUUAAUAGUACCAUAACUGUUCAUAUAUAUAUAUAUAUAUAUAUAUAUAUAUAUAUAUAUUCAUUUAUUCUCUUGAUAAUUUAUCAGUGCAUAGAUUUCAUUGUCCUUUAUUUCAAAGUUUGGUGCUGCAGUUGUGGCUUAAACACAUCUGUGAGGCGUGUCCGAAUGAUGACCACUGUGACGUCACUGUGGCGGGCUUGGAGGCAGGGCGGGCGCACCUGGGCCCUGUUCCAGAUCAGCAACAUGUUGGGCACAGCUUGGCGGAGCCUGGUGUGGCGAAACUGGUGAUGUAGAGUUAAUCAGCAUGGCUUGGUUUGGUUUGGCGCAGCCAAAAGACGAAGUGGAAAAGCCCCGACAGACACCACACACUUGAUUAUUUGGACAGUGAAUUUGUGGCAAGCCUCGGCUUGGGACAUGCUCCCCCCGAUUGAUGUAGGAGGCAAAUCUGGGCUAAAGUGGUGCUUGAUAUCAUCUAAUGUGUAGCCAGCCUUACUUUUAAAUAUGUAUGCUUCAAUUAGACCCAAACUGGACUAGGCAUUCUGUGAAUGCUCUACAGUUCCCUUGUCAGACUUUGACCUGGAAAGAGACGAGCAAAGAUGUUUUGCCUGGCAGAAAUUGUCUGCCUUUAAAUAUCAACAUAACCUGAAGGGAUAGUGUGCAUUGCAUUUGUGCCAAACAGAAGAUAGAGUGCUGUACAAUUUGUCAAUUUUUUCCCCAUUUGACAUUUAAGUGUACUGCUUGGAAACUUGUUAGCAAGACCAACCGGAGGGAGGCCCAUAGUAACUAGCUUAAAGAGGGACAUCAAUAACUGGAUUCUCUGCUGGUGCUUGUUCACUGGCACAAGGAAAGGAAACUAGCUAAAUGGCCUAAUCAAGCUUUAACUGCCGCUCUUCUUUUACUGACCACAAAUCUGAUCGGAUCUUUUGUAAAUAACCGUGUAAAGAGACGAUCCCAGCUUGCCUGCAGUCUGAACAAAGCCUCAGACUCCACACUCACAUCAAUACAACAUCUGCUGUUUUAUUGUGUGAUGUCUUGUAGAUGUGCUCAUGGUAGUCUGCACACAGAGAGCAGCGGAGAACCAUAACUUUUUGCCUUUUUGUCACAGAGGAACACAACGUCCUCUGUGUGGUAAUCUGUCAUUUUUACAGCAGGUUCUGUGAUCAAACAGACCUCCAACAUUGUAAAUCAGUGCUUUGUUUCAUCCUGACAGAGGAAUAAUUUGCACAUGUAGACCUUUCAGGUGAAUAUGAAGUUCUGAAACGCUUCAUUGUAAAUGUACAGUCACUGAAUUGAAAAGCUGCCUGAUUGUCAUAGAAAACGUCACGUAAUGUGUCCCCACUGAGAUGAGCUGUUCUUUGCUGCUUGUGUUUAAACUGACUACUGACGUUGGCAUUAUGCAAUGUUAACAUUUUUUUAUGUUAGAGCCAGGUAUAAUGUACUGGUGGUGAACACUACUUUGAUUUGUCUUCGAAGUGAAAUCUUACUGCACUUUUUCAGAACAAGUUUUAGAGUUAGAGUAAAAAUGUAAAUCUUAAAAAAAAAAAAAAACAUGGUUAAAAAAAAAAAAAAGGAAAAACCUUCAGCUCCAGAACGUAUGGAGUCCUGUCGUCUUAGAGUAGACAUGAACGUUUAUGAAUUGUUCACUUGUGUUCAAAAAGGGGAGCACUCUUGUUAAACUAGUGAACAUAUUUAACCAACAUAAUGAGCCAAAUAAUAAAAAUACUAAGAGACUGAACAAAAGACACACUUUUUAGCUGGUUUUGAAAUGACAGAAGUGAUGAAUCUCAAAGUGACAUGAAGAUUAAUGUAUACUCCUUUGUUUUGCUGCCUAUUUAUUAUCUCAAACAGGAAUGUACUGCUCUCCUUAGCCAACACUCAGCCUUGUAAGAAGAGCGCUUUUUGAGAAAUGAAUCAAUGGGUUUUUAUUGUGAAAUGAUGAGAAAUAUUAACCAGUUACUAAAGAUGUUCCUUUACAUUUUCAGUCUAAAACCACUCAUUCUAACAUUCCCUGUAAAUGGACCAAGCAAUGCAACAAACGUCUGCAUGUUGAGGGUCUGCAUUCAAACCUGGUUGGGGGGUUGUUGUAUUGUAUGUGUUGUCACAGCUCUGUGCAGCAGGCCUGAUCAGUCCAUUCACACUGUACAGAGAUCUAGCAUGUCUCUCCAAAUGAUUAAUAAAGAUGUCUUAUU